GCAGAAUUCGUCUGGAUGAGUGAAGUAGACAGUGAUCAGCAAGUGCCUGGGAAGACCUGCCUUGGGGGUACUUCCAUUACAGCAGUAUCACCUACUCUUACCUACUUUUCAGGUCUCUUUGACAGCCCACCAGGGUCAGAUGAUGCAAAGCUCAUUGAUAUAUUUUAUCCUGGAGAUCAGCAGUCUGUGACAUUUGGAACCAAAUCAAGAGUGGGAAUGGGAGGCAUGGAAGCCAAGGUGAAAGCUGCCCUCUGGGCUUUGCAAGGUGGCACUUCUGUGGUUAUUGCCAACGGAACCCACCCAAAAGUGUCUGGGCAUGUCAUCACAGACAUUGGAGGAAAGAAAGUCGGCACCUUCUUUUCCGAAGUGAAACCUGCAGGUCCUACUGUCGAGCAGCAGGGAGAAAUGGCUCGAUCUGGAGGAAGGACAUUGGCCACGCUGGAACCUGAGCAGAGAGCAGAGAUUAUCCAUCAUUUGGCCGAUCUGUUGACAGACCAGCGUGAUGAGAUCCUGUUAGCCAACAAAAAAGACUUAGAAGAGGCAGAGGGGAGACUUGCGGCUCCUCUGCUGAAACGUUUGAGCCUCUCCACAUCUAAACUGAACAGCCUGGCCAUCGGCCUACGGCAGAUCGCAGCCUCCUCACAGUACAGCGUGGGCCGCGUUUUGCGCCGGACCAGAGUUGCCAAAAACUUGGAACUGGAACAAGUGACUGUCCCAAUAGGAGUUCUGCUGGUGAUCUUUGAAUCUCGCCCUGACUGUCUGCCCCAGGUGGCUGCCUUGGCUAUUGCAAGUGGUAAUGGCUUGUUACUCAAAGGAGGGAAAGAGGCUGCACACAGCAACCGGAUCCUUCAUCUCCUGACCCAGGAGGCCCUCUCAAUCCAUGGAGUCAAGGAAGCAGUACAGCUGGUGAAUACCAGAGAAGAAGUGGAAGAUCUUUGCCGUCUGAACAAAAUGAUAGAUCUAAUCAUUCCACGUGGCUCUUCCCAGCUGGUCAGAGACAUCCAGAAAGCUGCCAAGGGAAUUCCAGUGAUGGGGCAUAGUGAAGGGAUCUGCCACAUGUAUGUGGAUUCAGAGGCCAGUGUUGAUAAAGUCACCAGACUGGUCAGAGACUCUAAAUGUGAAUAUCCAGCUGCCUGUAAUGCUCUAGAGACUCUGUUAAUCCACCGAGAUCUACUGAGAACACCACUAUUUGACCAGAUUAUUGAUAUGCUGAGAGUAGAACAGGUGAAAAUUCACGCAGGCCCCAAGUUCGCCUCCUAUCUCACCUUCAGCCCCUCCGAAGUGAAGUCCCUCCGAACUGAGUACGGGGACUUGGAAAUGUGCAUUGAAGUGGUGGACAGUGUCCAGGAUGCCAUCGACCACAUCCACAAGUACGGCAGCUCCCACACGGAUGUCAUCGUCACAGAGAAUGAGAAAACAGCAGAGUUCUUCCUUCAGCACGUGGACAGUGCCUGUGUGUUCUGGAAUGCCAGCACUCGCUUCUCUGACGGCUACCGCUUCGGACUGGGUAAGAAGGACUCCAGUCAGGGGAGAAAGGAGUCUUGUGAGUCCCAGUGUGCUCCAAAGAGAACAAGAGGAGGAGAAUACUCCUCGGAGUCACAUGCCAGGGAAGAUUUGGGAGAGGUGGGCGUGUGAAAGAGAAUAGACAGCUGCCA